GUUUGAGUGUAGCAGCAAGAACUAGUGAGCCUAGGGUUUCUUCUGUUGGACUAGAUUUGGGCUUGUAGUGACAGUUCACAAGAAGGGGCUGAAUCCCACACACAUUUGGAAAGUUCCAGAGCGGUGAUGUCUUUCAAGACAGUGUGUUGCUCUUCAGCUACAACUUCACUGGAAUAGAAUGCAAGGAGAUUUAUAGAUCUUCAAAUCUUUCAAAUCUGGGAAAAAUGGCUUUCAUUUGUUUGGAUGUCAGAUGCCUAUGUAUUUUUCUUCUUUGCAAAGCAUUUGGCUAUACUUUGUCUUCAAGCAUGGAAAUAAAAGUUAAUCCUCCUCAGGACUUCGAAAUAGUGGAUCCUGGAUAUUUAGGUUAUCUUUAUUUGCAAUGGCAACCUCCUCUGGCUGUGGAUAAUUUUAAGGAAUGCACAAUAGAAUAUGAAUUAAAAUACCGAAACGUUGAUAGUGAAAGAUGGAAGACUAUUGUUACUAAGAAUCUACAUUACAAAGAUGGGUUUGAUCUUAACAAGGGUGUUGAAGCAAAGAUACACACGCUUUUAUCAACGCAUUGCACAAAUGGAUCAGAAGUUCGGAGUUCAUGGUCAGAAGCUACUUAUUGGAAAUCUGAACCAGGAAGUCUGGAGACUAAAAUUCAGGAUAUGGAUUGUGUGUAUUACAACUGGCAAUAUUUACUGUGUUCUUGGAAACCUGGCAUAGGUGUACACUUUGAUACCAAUUACACCUUGUUCUACUGGUAUGAAGGCUUGGACAAUGUAUUACAGUGUGCCGAUUAUAUCAAGGAGAAUGGAAAAAAUAUUGGAUGCAGGUUUCCAAACUUGGAGUCAUCAGACUAUAAAGAUUUUUUUAUCUGUGUCAAUGGCUCAUCAGAAUCCAAUCCUAUUAGAUCCAGCUAUUUCAUUUUUGAGCUUCAAAAUAUAGUUAAACCUCUGCCUCCAGAUUAUCUUAGUCUUACUGUGAAGAAUUCAUUUGAAAUUAACCUGAAAUGGAGCACACCUAAAGGACCCAUUCCAGCAAGAUGUUUUAUUUAUGAAAUUUUGUUCACAGAAGCUGAUAAUUCUUGGAUGACUCACACAGUUGAAAAUGAAAUGCACAUCACAAGAACGUUAAAUGAAAGCCAAGAAUUAUGCUUUUUAGUACGAAGCAAAGUGAACAUUUAUUGCUCAGAUGAUGGGAUUUGGAGUGAGUGGAGCGAUGAACGAUGCUGGGAAGGUGAUGGACAGAAGGAAACUUGGAUAUUUUUUAUGAUACCAUUGGGUCUUAUUUCAUCAUUUGUUUUGUUACUAACUUGUCUGCUUUUGCAUAAGCAAAAAGCUUUACUGAAAUCAAUUUUCCAUAUGAAGAAAGAAGUUUUUUCUCAUCAGGAGACACUCUUUUGACUUAUCAAUUUCCAUUUACAUGACCAAGUGUUAAAUAUCAGUCUUAUGAAGCUGAAAUUCUUCUUUAAAUGUUGAAGACAUCUCAUUAUAAAACAUAGUUGUAUGUAAAUUGGCUUUAGAAUAUGCAAACCCUGAUGCUAGCAAUACAUUUGCUGGAUUCUACUAAUAGGUUUCUUCUACAUAAAUCUGUGGUGAAAGUGCUGCAUGUAGAGUCAAGGGAUGAGCCAGAGUUUGUUCAAAUGAUGCAUUAAUAAAACAGCGUGCUUUUGCAGUCUUCACUAAGUCAUGGAUAUAUUGCCAAAUAUUGGAAAAUGAAGUUUAGUAUUUUCCUUUUGUCACUGGUGUUGUUUUAAACUGCACUCUGGCUGAAAGUAUCCACCAUGAGAUUGUGUGGCAUUAAAAGUAACCUGCGGAGUAAAUAAAUAGGGAACAAUAAAUUUUAAAUAUGUUCAAAGGCUCAAA